AAAUAUGAACUUCUUGGGAAUAAAGUUUAUCGACGCACUACUCGAGGUCGACGAUGGGUGGUUCCCAAGAAGUGCAUAUGGCAAAUAAUCAGAUGCAACCACGACGAUCUUGGUCAUUUUUCGGUUGACAAGACGGUUGAAAGAAUAGCGUCUAGGUAUUGGUUUGCACGGAUGCGUCACAUAGUCAAAAAGUACAUUAAAAAUUGUAUUAAUUGCGUUUACUAUAAAACCAAGGGUGGAUCGAAGGAAGGAGAGUUACAUUCAAUUCCAAAAUAUGCCCAACCGUUCCAUACCUUGCAUUUGGAUCAUUUAGGGCCCUUUAUCGUUACUAAAAACAAUCACAAGUAUUUGUUGGUUAUGGUAGACGCGUUCACCAAAUUUGUGUUUAUUUCAGCAGUACCUAAUACUGAGUGCAGUAGUGUAUUAAACGAAUUAGAAAAUGUUUCAAAAAUAUUCGGAAAUCCUCGGAGGCUUAUUACGGAUGCUGGAUCGGCCUUCACGUCCAAAAUGUUUCUAGAUUACUGCUUAUCUAAGAAUAUUAGGCUUCACACGAUUGCCACGGGCAUGCCACGUUCAAACGGGCAAGCUGAAAGGUUUAAUAAGACUAUAUUGGAGGCCAUGAAAACUAUGGGGGCUAAUUUAGACGAAGAUUGCUGGGAUGAGUGCAUAACUCAGUUACAGCAAGGAAUUAAUAGUAGUUAUCAAAAAACAAUAAAAGCAGUUCCUUGUGAGGUGUUAUUGGGGUAUAGGCUACGUACUGAUGGGGAUAGUUUAGGACCCGGACUUGAGAGUGGUAAUGAACAUACUAUAGACGUGACCAAAUUACGAAAAGAUGCGGCUGAGAAUAUAAAUAUUAAUGCCAUAUCUCAGAAACAAAGAUUCGAUCGAAACCGCAUAAAAGCCAAAACAUAUAAUGAGGGAGACUUAGUAUUGGUAAAAAUACAAAGCCAAACCAAUGAUGGACGGAGUAGGAAGUUACUACCAGCAUUCAAGGGUCCGUUCCAAAUAGGAAAGUGUUUGGGGCGAGAUAGGUAUCAAAUCAGUGACAUGAGAGGCAGUGAGAGAUGCAAUAAGAAAUAUGAUGGAGUGGCCGCUGCGGAAAAUAUUAAACCGUGGAUCAGAAUUGAUGAUUGGUGCAUUGAUUAAAAUGGAUCCUAAACAAGUAACAUGCGUGUUGGCAAAAUUGAAUACGUCCUUCAUAGUACAAAUAAGUGAUGGGAACCUACUGGACUUUACUACGUGCCUGGGGACAUGCACGGUGCAGGAGGGCCGUGUUGGCAACCCCGAUGACGUAAGCGGCGCCACGGCGGCGGCGCUGGAGUCAAGAGGGCGCGGGCGCGAAGAAAAAGAUUAUUGUGGGGUAGAUUCCGGCGCAAGCGCAGUGUUUUAAGUUGUAUCGAUAGUUUUGUUACAUAUUGAAUUUGUUUAACUGUAUUUGUUUCGUUUAAAUGAGUGAUUAAGUAUUUCAAACGUUGUCUCAUUUAACUGCCUAAUUAAUUCAUAUUGAGGUUGCGUGCUGUGG